CGGCCCCGGCCCUGCUGCCGCUGACACGAGUAAAAGAUGCUGGCUACCAGUACGAGAACACAUCGUCUGUGGAACACGUCUCUGUAAAACCUUCCUUAAAAGUACCCGGAGGCCUGUGAUGGACCCUCGGAAUACUGCUAUGUUAGGCUUGGGUUCUGAUUCUGAAGGGUUUUGUGGGAAGAGCCCCUCUGUAAUAAACGUUGGCCCGUUGGUGGGAAAGGGAGAAGCAGAGCUAGAAAGUUGCACCCAGGAAGAAGACGACGGGAAGAAGAAGAAUCGGGAGGGGAGCAGUACGGAAAACGGGAAGAAUGAGGCUCUAACUGACGCACAGCAACAGUUUUCGGUGAAGGAAACAAACUUUUCAGAGGGCAACUUGAAACUCAAGAUUGGCCUUCAAGCUAAGAGAACGAAGAAGCCCCCGAAGAACCUGGAGAAUUAUGUGUGCCGACCUGCUAUAAAAACCAGCAUCAAGCAACCACGGAGGGCACCCAAGAGUGGGAAGAUGACAGAGGAGAAGAAUGAACAUUGUCCUUCAAAGCAAGAUCCUUCCAAAUUUUACAAGAAAGCUGGAGACGUCGCAGCAGUUGAAUUCCGUGUGGAAGACAGUGUACAAAUAGAAACGAGCCCUUUAACCAAGAAACUUUCUCCGCUUCAGUCUGAAAUGACAGAUUAUAUAAAGUCGCCGCCUCCGACUCUUAUUGGGAGCCAUAAUUCUGAUCUAAAGGAUAGAGCACAAAUUAACGGAGCGACAACUGUCACGGAAAAAUUGGCUCAGCUCAUUGCAACUUGCCCUCCUUCCAAGUCUUCCAAAACAAAGCAGAAGAAGCUGGGAAGUGGAACUGCAGCUGCUUUGGUUAAAGACUCUGGGAAGAAGCUACCAGGAAGCAUAACCGCAAGCGGGUUAGUUAAUAAAGAGCUGGUAAAGAAACUGCCAGGAUCAGUUAUUGCUGUGGGAUUAGUUAGCAAGGACUCAGGGAAGAAGCCACUGGGGCUUGGGAGCGCAGCCAUAUUGGUUAACAAAGACUCGGGGAAGAAACCACCGGGGAUCGGCCCGUUGGUUGGGUUGGUCAACAAGGACUCUGGAAGGAGGCCGCCAGGGAUCAGCCCUCCGCCGGGAUUAGGAAACAAGGACUCUGGGAAGAAACAGCCAGUGACUAGCUCUUCAGUUGGAUUAAUCAGCAAAGAUGUGGGGAAGAAACUGCCCGCCAUCAGCACUCCAACGGGAUUAACUAACAAGGAGUCCGUGAAGAAACCAGUAGGCAUUGGCGCUCCAGCAGGAUUGAUCAACAAGGAUGCCGGGAAGAAGUUGCUGGGCAUUAGUAGUCCGACAGGGCUGGUUAACAAGGAUUCGGGGAGAAAGGUGCUAGGAACUGGCAGCGCAACGGUUCUGCCUAGCAAAGACUCUGGAAGGAAGACCCCAGGGAUCAGCAGUCCCAUGGGAUCCAUCAACAAAGACGCUGGGAGGAAGGUGCCAGGGAUUAGCAGCCCGGUGGGACUGGUCAGCAAGGAUUCUGGGAAGAAGCCGGCAGGAAUGGGCCCUCUGGUCGGCUUGGUUAGCAAGGACGCUCUGAACGCAGACUCGCUGGUACCCGCCUCGGAGCCCCUCAGGCUUCCUUGCAACCCACACCACGAAAGCCACGAGGCCACGGACUUGCUGAAGGAAAAUACUGCCAGCAAAACGUUCGAGAAGCACCUUACGAGGCCGAACAAAGAAAGCGGAGCGGAAAAAUCUUCCCUUCGGAAAGAAAUUGCCGAUGUGGGCAAAGAGAUGUUUAAGGAGGGCACAUGCGUUCCGCAGGAGGGCUACUCGGCCARCGAAAAAGGGCUUUAUGAAACAUCGAAGCACGAGAAGCAGCCUCCAGUAUAUUGCACUUCGCCAGACUUCAGGACAGGAGGCGCUUCCGAGGUGUCCACGGCCAAGUCCCCGUUUAGUGCAGUUGGAGAGGGAAAUCUUCCAUCACCUUCACCCACGGUGUCUGUUACUCCCUCCAGCAGGAGCCUCUCGACAGCAUCUUCACAGUUAGCCUCAAAUUCUCUGCAUUUAAGUUCCACGGCAGAUCUCUUAGAAGGGAUUUCGGAUCCGCUUGGCAAAACUCCGUUUUCUUCUGAGAGUACACUUCUGAAUAUCAACAGAACAUUGAACCACACUCUGAGCACUGAUUUUAAAGGUGCUGAUAAAGAUUUAAAUGAUUCAAAAGCUGCUCAUGUAGAAACCUCAAGAACUAGUCCCUCUAUAGGAAAAAAAAACAUUUUGGCAGCUGAAACAAGCAUUCAUGCUACUGUCACCCCCUCAGUAGUUAGUUUUACAAGCUUAUUUAGUAGCAAGCAGUUCCUAAAGAUUGGUGCAAUAAGUGCAUCAGAUAAAUCCUGCCAAGGGAGUAAAAAUCUGAGCGCCAGUCAGCAGUCAAAACCUUUAAAGAAGAGAAAAGGAAGGAAGCCGCGAUGGACUAAAGUGGUGUCAAGAAGCGCGUGUCGGCCUCCCAAGGGUCUCGAGCUGGAAAGGUCAGAGCUUUUUAAAAACAUUUCAUACAGUGCACUAGCAGGCAGCAGUCUGGAGCAGGCCAAAUUCUUGAAGAACAUAGGAUCGUCUUCAUUUGUGGAGCACGAGUUCGUCAAGCACCAGCUGCCAAAGCUGAGCGAGGCGAGCGGGCCGUCCCUCGCGCUGCUUGCCGAGGCUGACAAGCAGGCUCCCAAGUUCUACAUGACUCACAAGCAGCCCUCGGGCCUGUGCAUGUCGGACGACUUCUUACCCGACAUGUAUAAACCCAAAAGAGGAAGGCCCAAAGCAAAGGAGAUGCCAGAGCUUGAAGGUCCCCCCAAAAGGACUCUCAAAAUCCCAGCAUCGAAGGUCUUCUCGCUGCAGUCAAAGGAAGAGCAAGAACCUCCAGUUUUGCAGCCGGAGGUAGAAAUUCCCUCCCUAAAACAGAGCCUGGCAGGCCAGAGUUUCCCUAAAAAGCGAGGGAGACCUAAAAGACAGAUCAGGUCUUCGAUUAAAAUGAAGCCGCCUAUUCUUUCUGUGGCGCCCUUUGUUGCAACAGAUAAUUCAAACAAGAUAGAGUCCGACAGCGAUCCGCAUCAAAGCGGGGAUUUUUUUGAGCGAAAGGACCAGCUGCGAGGGCCUGAAGAAGUCCAAAAGCCUAGUAUUUGUAGCAUGACUGAUCUGGAAGUGGACUCGGACAGGAAAGUUGCAAAGAGGAAUAACGGGCAGUUAAUGAAAACAAUUAUCAGAAAAAUAAAUAAAAUGAAAACGUUGAAGCGCAAGAAGCUCCUGAACCAGAUCCUCUCCAGCACGGUGGAACCAAAUAACAAAGGGAAGGUGCAAUCCAAGCUCCACAACACGGUGUCGACUCUUGCGGCCACGUUUGGUUCAAAAUUAGGCCAGCAGAUAAACGUCAGCAAGAAAGGAACCAUUUACAUAGGAAAAAGAAGAGGCCGGAAGCCGAAAGCUGUGCUCAACGGCAUUUUGGCCAGCAACGCGGCCGGUUUGGCCGUCCUCGAGAAGUCUGCCCCGCAAGGGCCCGGCGCGGCGCUGGGGCAGGUGCUUCCCCACCUGCUGCCRUCCCCGGCGGCCGCCCCGGACAUCCUUCCCUCGCCGAUGUGCUCGCAGGCAGCGAGCGGCGGCCAGAGCCCCGCGGGCAGCGACGCGGGCUUCAUCGAGCCCAGCGCCGUGCCCUUCCUGCACAUCCACGCCCGGCAGGGCAGCGUGGUGCAGACGCUGGCCAUGAAGAAAGCCUCCAAGGGCAGGAGGAGGCUGUCGCCGCCGACGCUGCUGCCCAACUCCCCAGCCCACUUGAGCGAGCUGACGUCGCUCAAGGAGGCCACUCCUUCCCCCGUGAGCGAGUCGCACAGCGACGAGACCGUCCCCAGCGACAGCGGCAUCGGCACCGAUAACAACAGCACUUCGGACCGAGCCGAGAAGUUCUGCGGGUCCAAGAAGAAGAGGCACUCGUUCGAUCACGUCGCCCUUAUUCCGCCUGAAACCUCCACCGUCUUAGGGAACCUGAAAGAAAAGCAUAAACACAAGUGUAAGCGCCGGAGUCACGACUACCUUAGUUACGACAAAAUGAAAAGGCAGAAGCGGAAAAGGAAAAAGAAGUACCCGCAGCUUCGAGGUAGGCAGGACCCGGAUUUCCUUGCAGAGUUAGAAGAGUUAAUAAGUCGAUUAAGCGAGAUUAGAAUAACCCACCGAAGUCACCAUUUCAUCCCCCGAGAUUUACUGCCUACCAUUUUCCGGAUAAAUUUCAAUAGUUUCUACACGCAUCCGACCUUCCCUUUAGAUCCUUUGCACUACAUUAGGAAACCCGAUUUAAAGAAGAAGAGAGGCAGGCCUCCCAAAAUGCGGGAGGCCAUGGCAGAGAUGCCUUUUAUGCACAGCCUCAGCUUUCCCCUCUCCGGGACCGGAUUCUACCCCUCCUACGGCAUGCCUUACUCUCCGUCUCCCCUCGCAGCCGCUCCCAUCGGAUUGGGUUAUUAUGGCAGGUACCCUCCGACUCUUUAUCCUCCUCCUCCUUCUCCUUCCUUCACCACCCCGCUGCCACCCCCUUCCUACAUGCACACGGGCCACUUGCUUCUCAAUCCUGCCAAAUACCACAAGAAGAAGCAUAAGCUGCUGCGGCAGGAGGCGUUCCUCACGACGAGCAGGACGCCGCUCUUGUCCAUGAGCACCUACCCCAGCGUCCCGCCAGAAAUGGCUUACGGCUGGAUGCUGGAGCACAAGCACCGGCACCGCCACAAGCACAGGGAGCACCGCUCUUCGGAGCAGCCACAGGUCUCCAUGGACUCGCUGACAGCCAACAGCUCUUCCAGAACAGUCCUGGAGUCCUUGAAGCGCUACCGGUUCGGGAAGGAGGCUGUCGGUGAAAGAUAUAAGCAUAAAGAGAAGCACCGAUGCCACAUGUCCUGUCAACACUUGUCGCCUUCGAAGGGUUUGCUGGGCAGAGACGAGCAGUGGGUGAGGAGGGAGCCUUCGGAGCCCAACCCAUUGGCGCUGGGCCUGCAGGCGCCCUUACAGAUAGACUGUUCGGAGAACCCCCCGGGCCUGUCCCUGGGGGGAUUUACCCCCAGCUCGGAGCCAGCCAGCAGCGACGAACACACCAACCUUUUCACAAGUGCAAUAGGCAGCUGCAGAGUCGUCAGCUCUACCAGCGGCAGCGGGCGCAAGAAGCUCGGCGAGGGCCCGGGGCUCUUCAGCGCCCAGGACGCGCCGCUCAGCCGCCCCCUCCGAAAGGAGCCACUGCCUCCCGGCGAGAAGGCCCUGCAGCCGCUGCCAGGCGCUCUGCCGCCCCAGGACAAACCUCCGCAGCGGCCACCGGAGAGCACGAGCUGCAGCCCGUCCAGGAAGAGAUCGGCGUCCGAGAGCACCUCUCCUGCAGUGCUGGGGGUGCCCACACGGGGGCCGAGGCUCGCGCCGCCGCUCGACGACCCCAUGGACAACCUGCUGCAGCGCAUGGCACAGCACGAUGGCCAAGCUACGCUGGACAAGACCAUUGAGGCGGUGAUUGCAAACGUGGCCGUGCCGCCCUCAGCCAGYCCCGCUCGCAGCCACAACCGGGAGAGGGGCCUGGGGAAGCCGGACGGUGUCUUGGCCCCGGCCAUGCCGAGCAGCUCCUGCGGCGAGAGCAUCUCCCUGCUUUCUGAGCGCCUGCCCACCAGCUACUCCCCACACCAUCUCAAGAGAAGCGUGGUGGAAGCCAUGCAGCGGCAAGCUAGGAAAAUGUGCAAUUAUAACAAGAUCUUGGCCACGAAAAAGAACCUGGACCACGUCAAUAAAAUUCUGAAAGCCAAAAAGCUGCAAAGGCAGGCGCGGACAGGGAAUAACUUUGUGAAGCGCAGGCCAGGUCGGCCUCGGAAGUACCCAAUGCAGGCAGUGGUUUCCAUGCAGGCUUUCCAGGCAGCUCGACUCGUCAGUCAGGAGCUGGAGAAAAGGGAGGAAAGCAGCAGUCCUUUACACCUUGGACCCGAUACCAUCACAGAUGUAAUUGAAGCCGUAGUGCAAAGUGUGAACUUGAAUGUGGAUCACCGAAAAGGCUGGAAGAGAAAGAGGUGGCUUGCAGAGGAACAGGCCAGGAAAAGACAAAAGUCUCUACCAGAAGAUGAGCGGGAGAGCAGUAAAAGUUUUUCCGAGACAGCAGCUGAGCCAUCCAGUCCACAUGAUGCCCCUGGGAAAGCRCAUGAAUCUGAAAACAGCGAACAGCCCUUGCCUUCUAUUACCCAGCGUGAGAAAAAAGCUCCUCGGCCGCCAAAGAAGAAGUACCAGAAGGCAGGGCUCUACUCUGAUGUGUACAAAACAACAGAUCCGAAGAGCCGCCUCAUACAGUUAAAGAAGGAAAAGCUGGAGUACACGCCAGGAGAGCAUGAGCACGGCCUGUUUCCAGCCCCUAUUCACGUUGGAAAGUAUCUGAGACAAAAGAGAAUCGACUUCCAGCUGCCUUAUGACAUCCUCUGGCAAUGGAAACACAAUCAGUUGUACAAGAAGCCAGACGUCCCACUCUAUAAAAAAAUCCGUUCCAAUGUAUAUGUGGACGUCAAGCCUCUUUCUGGCUAUGAGGCCACUACCUGCAAUUGCAAGAAACCAGAUGAUGGCAACGGAAAAGGCUGCCUGGAGGACUGUCUUAACAGGAUGAUCUUUGCGGAGUGCUCACCAAACACCUGCCCUUGCGGCGACCAGUGUUGUAACCAGCGGAUCCAGAGGCAUGAAUGGGUGCAGUGCCUGGAGAGGUUCCGGGCCGAGGAGAAAGGAUGGGGUAUUCGUACCAAAGAACCCCUGAAAGCAGGACAGUUUAUCAUUGAAUAUCUGGGAGAAGUUGUUAGUGAGCAAGAAUUCAGGAACCGGAUGAUUGAACAGUACCACAAUCACAGCGAUCAUUACUGUCUGAAUUUGGACAGCGGAAUGGUGAUAGAUAGCUAUCGUAUGGGCAAUGAGGCUCGUUUUAUCAACCACAGCUGUAAUCCUAACUGCGAGAUGCAGAAAUGGUCUGUCAAUGGUGUCUACCGGAUUGGACUGUAUGCACUGAAAGACAUGCCCGCUGGUACAGAAUUGACAUAUGACUACAAUUUUCACUCAUUUAAUGUUGAAAAACAGCAACUCUGCAAAUGUGGCUUUGACAAAUGCAGAGGAAUAAUUGGGGGUAAGAGUCAGCGAAUGAAUGGACUUUCAAGCAAGAACAACCAGCCGGUGAGCACCCACAGAAGAACUGGACGGUCAAAAGAGAAGAGGAAGUCAAAGCACAAACUGAAGAAGAGAAAGGGUCACGUGCCGGAGGAACCAAGUGAAAGUGUGAACACCCCAACACGGCUAAUGCCACAGCUUCAGAUGAAGCCCAUGUCCAACAGAGAAAGGAAUUUUGUGCUAAAACACCAUGUAUUUCUGGUACGAAACUGGGAGAAGAUUCGGCAGAAACAAGAGGAAGUGAAGCACGUCAGUGACAAUAUCCAUACUGCGUCAUUGUACAACCGCUGGAACGGAAUCUGUCGGGAUGACGGGAACAUCAAAUCUGACGUCUUCAUGACCCAGUUCUCAGCUCUCCAGACCGCCCGCUCCGUGCGGACACGGCGCUUGGCGGCAGCAGAAGAGAACAUCGAAGUGGCUCGUGCUGCCCGCCUAGCGCAGAUCUUCAAGGAAAUAUGUGAUAGCAUUAUAUCGUAUAAAGAUUCCUCCAGACAGGCUCUGGCUGCUCCCCUUCUGAACCUGCCCCCAAAGAAAAAAAACGCAGACUAUUAUGAAAAGAUCUCUGACCCACUGGAUCUUGCUACAAUUGAGAAACAGAUCUUGACUGGCUACUAUAAAACAGUGGAGGCUUUUGAUGGGGACAUGCUGAAGGUCUUCCGAAAUGCAGAGAAGUAUUAUGGCAGAAAGUCUCCAACUGGGCGUGACGUGUGCCGGCUGCGAAAAGCGUAUUACAACGCUCGCCACGAGGCAUCUGCCCAAAUUGAUGAAAUUGUGGGAGAAACAGCGAGCGAAGCCGACAGCAGUGAGACCUCUGUCUGUGAGAAGGAUAACGGGCACGAGAAGGAUGAGGACGUGAUCCGUUGCAUCUGUGGCCUUUACAAAGAUGAGGGACUCAUGAUCCAGUGCGAAAAGUGCAUGGUCUGGCAGCACUGUGACUGUAUGGGAGUGAAUUCCGACGUUGAACACUACUUGUGUGAACAAUGUGAGCCUCGCAAUGUGAACAGGGAGGUUCCUAUGAUUCCUCGUCCCCAUUAUACCCAGCCUGGCUGUGUUUAUUACAUAUGUUUAUUACGGGAUGAUCUGCUGCUGCGCCAAGGUGAUUGCGUUUACCUGAUGAGAGACAGCCGUAGAACUCCAGAUGGACACCCUGUCCGGCAGUCGUAUCGGCUGCUGUCGCACAUCAACAGAGACAAACUUGACAUUUUCCGCAUUGAAAAGCUCUGGAAAAAUGAGAAAGAGGAGCGGUUUGCAUUUGGCCAUCAUUAUUUCCGUCCCCACGAAACACAUCACUCCCCUUCACGCAAGUUUUAUCACAACGAGCUCUUCCGGGUGCCACUGUAUGAAAUUAUCCCCUUAGAGGCUGUGGUGGGAACAUGCUGUGUUCUGGACCUCUACACCUACUGCAAAGGGAGGCCCAAAGGGGUGAAGGAGCAGGACGUGUAUAUUUGUGAUUACCGUCUCGAUAAAUCAGCUCAUCUUUUCUACAAGAUUCACCGGAAUCGUUAUCCUGUCUGCACCAAGCCCUACGCCUUUGACCACUUCCCUAAGAAACUCACACCCAAGAGGGACUUUUCACCCCAUUACGUACCAGACAGCUACAAGAGAAACGGAGGCAGAUCAUCCUGGAAAACAGAUCGCUCGAAACAACAGAUCAAAGACUUAAACCAGGAAGAAGAUCCGCUUCCACUUAUUGAGGAUGUAUUAGGAAGCCAGGAGCAAAGAGCAAGUGAGAUGCCUAGCCUAGAAGAGGCAGAAAAAGAGGCAGCCCCUAGCGAGAGCUGUGAAACUGAGAAAAAGGUGGAAGGGAGCAGCACUGCCACGAGGCAGCCGUGCACUCCAGAGGAACGGCGGCACAUUCAGAGGGAGAGACUUAAUCAAAUCCUGCUAAACCUCUUAGAGAAAAUCCCAGGGAAAAAUGCUAUCGAUGUCACUUACUUGCUGGAAGAAGGCUCGGGAAGGAAGCUGAGGAGGCGCACUCUCAGCAUCCCGGAGAGCAGCUUCAGGAAGUGAAGCCACCAGGAGAACUGGCUCUGGAGUCCACUUGAGGUCUGCUCGGGACUGAGGGCAGCAGCCCAACGCCUGCGCACUGGCCAGGGAAGCAGCAGCAGCAGAACACUGACAAAUAUACAAACAGUAGCACUUAGGUGUCCGGGCUGCCCUGCUCGGCAGUGCUCUUAUGGUGUGUGUGUUGUUGGGCGUGCCUUGUAUUGAUGUUAGGUACUGAGAAAAACCUCGUGGUUAUUUGUCCAAGAUGGUCAAAUUUAAUUUAUUUUUGUUCCCACUCAGAGGAAGAAAAAAAAAACAAAAGGGGGGGAGGUUAAAAGGGGUGGAAAGACUGACUCUCUCCGGUGAGGAUAUUCCCCGAGUUCACCAGGGAAACCUGGGGCUGGACGAGACGCUGUCAGCGCCGCCACGCUUCGCGGGCCCUGGGUUGGGCUUAAAACGAAAGGCUGCCCUAAAAGUCGCGGCCUCCGAUUUGCACAAGUGGGAAGACGGGCGGAACGGUGCCGGCGGGAGGCGAAACGUCCCCAGCCGCCG